AUGAUUACUCAGGACUAUCAACCAUUUUCAGUAGUCGAAGAUAAUGGUUUCAAAGGUUUCGUCGAAGCUUUGAAUCCAAGUUACGAGUUGCCUAAUAGAAAAUUAAUAUCCAAAACCUUAAUACCAGACUGGUAUUUAGAUUGUAAAAAUCAAAUGAUGGAAUUAGUCCAAAAAGCGAAAAAUGUCUGUCUUACUAUGGACUGCUGGACAUCUCAGGUCAUGGAUGCAUAUUUAGCUGUGACAGCUCAUUUCCUUAUUGACUUUGAAAUGAAAACGGUUUUGCUGCACUGUGAACAUUUCAGUGGCACACAUACCGCUGACGCUUUGGCAGAGGUUUUGAAAGCUAUAGCUUUAGAAUGGAAUAUAGUUGAAAAAAUUACCCUUGCAGUUUCAAAUAAUUCCACUAACAUCACCAGUGCAAUAGCAAAAACGGGGUGGCCAUUUUUCGGUUGUUUCCUAUAUAAACUAAACCUCAUAAUUGAAAAGGCGAUAGUACUAUUAGACUAUAUCCUAGAAAAAGUAAAAAAAAUUGUAGGUCAUUUUAAAAAAAGUAAUUUAGCGACAGAGUCACUUGCGAAAUAUCAAAUAGAUUGUGAAAAAAAAACUGUAGCACUGCAACUUAUUCAAUCCGUUCCAACACGAUGGAACUCUGUUUAUUAUAUGCUGGAGAGAUUUUUAAAAUUACAGGGGGCGUUACAGGCCGUUUUACCAAAUUUGAGAUCUGAUUUACCCAUUAUAACAGUUGAAAUGUGGGAAGCACUAAGGCAAGUGUGCAUAGUUUUGAAGCCAUUUGAGGAAGUUACACAAAUCAUGAGUGGCACCCACUACCUUACUGCAAGUCUUGCUAUAGUUAUUGUAGAUGGCUUAAAAAACGUAAUGGCAAUAAUGAAAACUAAACCAAUUUAUGGUGUAGCGAAAAACUUCCUUCUUAAAUUAGAGGAAGGAUUAGAAACUUACUUCCCUCAACAUGUUAUAGAAGAUAAUAUGCUACUAGGUUUAUGCACAUUUCUGGAUCCCCGGUUUAAGAUUCAUGCAUUCCUUGAUAAUGCAUCUGCUGAAGUGGAGCCUACUUUAGAGACGAUGAGUCAGCGCACAACGCGUGUUAAUUUAAUUAUGGCGCACAUCUUGGACCUAUUGAAAAUAAAAAUUAGAAAAAAACGUGGUACUCCUGCUGUUGAAAUGAUUUCAUAUAUUCCACCAAGAGCUGCCUCAACCUCUCAAGGUAUUGAAACAAUAUCUAUAUGGGGCAAAAUAGACAAAACCAUUGCUGCAAUUACGCCUACAGUCGGCGACAUAACCACCAACGCUGAAGUCUUAUUUGAAGAAAGUGAUGAUUCUGCUUUAGAUAAUGAUGAGCAAUCAAAUGAAUCCUUAGAAGAAUCAUCAGAUCUUACAGAUUCUGAAGACGAUGCAAAUGAAGAUGAUUCAGAUGGAAGUGACAAUGACGAUGAUGAAGAUGAGAGCGGACAGUCUGAUGAAGAGGAGCAAAGUAACGAUAGUGGUGCUGAAACAGGAACAACUCCCUCGGCAUCAGGAUCUGGUGAUGAAUCUAUGAAAAAACAAAUACCAAAUUUGUCAAAGAAAAAAGAAAAUAAUAUAUCAAAAAAAACAGAUGAAAAGUCUAAACAACUAACAAAAACUAAGCAAAAGAAAAAGAUAAAAAGUAAUCAAAAGGAAAAGAUGAAUAGUGUAGAUGUUUUAGCCAGCAAAAUUCAAGAGGCAUCAGUGACAGAGCCAGUUCAACAAAAAGAUGAAUAUGAGUCUGGAGAUACAUCAGAUGAGGAGGAUCGGAUAAACACUGCUGGUGAGGUGCCUAUGUGGUGGUACGAUGAGUACCCUCAUGUGGGCUAUGAUCUAGAUGGGCGUCGGAUUAUCAAGCCCCCGCAGAGAGAUCAGAUUGAUGAAUUUCUUAAAAAAGCGGAAGACCCUGAGUUCUGGCGCACAGUACGCGAUCCCGCUACGGGUCAAGACAUAGUGCUUUCGCGUGAAGACUUGCAGCUACUGGAGCGGCUCAAGCAGUCGCGCGUGCCCAGCACCACGCAUGAUGAAUAUGAGCCAUGGGUAGAAUGGUUCAGCCGUGAAGUGCUAGCGACUCCACUACGAGCCUUCCCGGAGCACAAACGCUCCUUUCUCCCAUCGCGAUCGGAACAAAAGCAAAUCUCCAAAAUAGUACAUGCUUUGAAGAUGGGCUGGACUAAAACAAGGAAACAGAUCGCCGAAGAGAGAAAGAAAAAGAGAGAACGUAACUUCUACAACCUGUGGGGCGCGACGGGCGACGAGGACGCGGCGGCGCGGCGCCACGGCCCGCGCGCGCUGCCCGCGCCGCGCCGCCCGCUACCCUCGCACGCGGAGAGCUACAACCCGCCGCCAGAGUACUUGUUGGACAAGAAGGAGAUGAAAGAAUGGGAACGUAACAAAGAGACCCCGUGGAAGCGCAAGUACACGUUCCUGCCGACGCGGCACGCCAGCCUGCGCGAGGUGGCCGCCUACCCGCGCUUCGUGCGGGAACGCUUCUUGCGCUGUCUCGACCUUUACUUGGCACCCAGGGCCAUUAAAAUGAGACUAACAAUAAGCGCGGAGGACCUGGUGCCCAAGCUGCCGUCCCCGCGCGACCUGCAGCCCUUCCCCACGACGGAGGUGCUGCGCGUGGCGGGGCACGCCGCGCUCGUGCGCAGCGUCGACUUCGACCCUUCGGGCCAGUACUUCGUGUCCGGCAGCGAUGAUGGCACUGUCAAAGUGUGGGAGACGAGCACGGGGCGCUGCCUGCGCACUAUAGAGCUGGGCGAGCCGGUGGCGCGCGUGGCGUGGACGCCGGCGGCGGGGCUCAGCCUGGUGGGCGUCGCGCUCGGCCGCCGCCUGCUGCUGCUCAACCCCGGCGCGGACAUCGGCGCGCACCGCGUGGCCGCGCGCACCGACGACCUGCUGGCCGAGCCGCCGCCCAAGCACGAUGUGCAGAUGGACGAGCGCACGCAGUCGUGCGUGUCGUGGGAGGAGGCGGACGCGGCGCAGCGCGCGCGUGGCGUGCGCGUCAGCGUCGCGCACUUCAAGCCCGUCACGCAUCUGGCGUGGCACGCGAAGGGCGACUACCUGGCGGCGACGCUGGCGGAGGGCGCGUCGCGCGCGGUGGUGGUGCACCAGUUGUCGCGCCGCCGCAGCCAGCUGCCCUUCCGCCGCGCCAAGGGCCUGGUGCAGUGCGCGCUCUUCCACCCGCACCGGCCGCUGCUCUUUGUUGCGACACAACGCGUGGUCCGCGUGUACGACCUGGUGAAGCAGGAGCUGACGCGCAAGCUGCAGACCGGCGCGCAGUGGAUCAGUGCCAUGGCGGUGCAUCCGGCCGGCGACAACCUGCUCGUUGCCUCCUACGAUCGGAAACUUAUAUGGUUUGACCUGGAGUUGUCAGCGCGGCCGUACCAGACGCUGCGGCUGCACGGCGGCGCGGUGCGCGCAGUCGCCUUCCACCGCCGCUACCCGCUGUUCGCGUCCGCCGGCGACGACAAGUACCUUGUGGUGUCCCAUGGGAUGGUUUACAAUGACCUUCUCCAGAACCCAUUACUAGUGCCGUUGAAGCAGCUGCCGGCGCCGGCGCCGCGCGGCGAGCUGUGCGUGCUGGACGUGCGCUGGCAUCCCGCGCAGCCCUGGCUGCUGGCCGCCGCCGCCGACCACACACUGCGGCUGUACGCC